AUGAAAGCGGAAACGACUGCGUUCCUCGCGUUCGACCGUUUCCAUAUUACUCGAACACAUUUCGUACUAAGCGCAGAGUGGAUCGAGCUUGUGAGAGUUGUCGUCAAUCAUCAGGAACUGGAAGAUGUUCUCGCAUCUGGCCCUGCGAAGCGUGCCAGGAAAGCGGAAGUACUUGCGUUCCUCAGUCAGUUCGACAGAGCGUGA